AUGUCGUCAGUGCCAAAUUUUACUAGACGCGAAGAAGGUAGCUCGAUAAGUUUCAAGACCACACAUAAAGAUGCGGGAACUCGAAUGUUGUCGCAGAAUUUGCACGUGCGAAAAGCUUCGGAUAUCCUGGACAGGAGGAAGGUUAGUGAUGUGAUAACGCUGGGGGAUCCUCUACCUCUUCCAUACACCGUUAAGUCUGAGACUGUUGACGAGAAGAAUAUUGGUGGAGAGCCCUUACCGAACACCAGCAGAUUUCGCCAGUUGCGACGCAGAAACGAGCUGCUCGCAUUGCAAUCCAAGAAAUCCAAUGAGUCCAAAAGACAAGAGAAGGGACCGCACAUGCCGUUAACGGAAAGAAGGGAGAAGCUACUUGAGAUGCGCCAGCGAUUGGCCCAAAUCAAGCCUUUGGGCAAAAAUACACAGCAGUCACCAAAAGACGAUGAAAUUGCCAAGGACGAUGGAGGUAUCGAAGAUGAAAAACUCAUCAUAGAUAAGGAGCCUGUUGAGAAGUCUAUCCCUCAGAGCCCGACCAGAGAGCCAAUAAGCAAAGCGUCUAUGAAGAAGCCCGCAUUCCAACAAAUCCGCGUCACGAAACGGGCCUCUCCGAAAUCCGAGAAGAAAAGAUUGGAUCCGAAGACCCCAGUGCUGGACAAGAAACCGACUAUCUCUGUGGUCCCUUUAGACACCGCGCCCACACAGAAAUCCGCCAGUCCUCCAAGACUUGCCUCUCCUCCCACCCCAGAUUUGGAACGUUUAGACGAGGUGUUCAAGAAAACUGUCGAAGAGAUCGAACAAUUGAGCACGACGGAAACGGAACACCCAAAAUCCAGCAGGCUGACUGCUCAAGGUGUGUUUGAUCUAUCUGUGAUAAUUAUCCUCUUCUGCUGGUGGUCCUUCCUGGUGUCAGAUUGA